GGGGCAGGUGCUGGGGCCUCCGAUGUGGGAUUGCGCCCACUUGGACGCUUCGUGCUGGCUUUCCAAGCCCUUUUUAACAGCUCCCUCCCACUCAGUUCCUUUCCCGCACUGGGACAAUGAUGGAUGGGGACUUUGGGCGAUUUAGCAGCCCAGUUUAGUGUGCUCGGGGUCCAAGAACAGGGACAUUGAGUCAUUUGGCUUCUUAGAUUACUUUACAUUUCCAACAGUGAUUUAUUUAAAGGCCACGGCAAUUAAAAAAACCACGAAAUGGAACACAAGUACUGUGGUCAUCCUCUGCCAUGCUCCUAUUCAACCAUGUGUACAUUGAUGUUAGGGAUAAUAUUCAUUGCUUUAAGCUCAAGUCGCAUUCUUCUGGUAAAAUACUCAGCCAACGAAGAAAACAAAUAUGAUUAUCUUCCAACUACUGUCAAUGUGUGCUCGGAACUGGUAAAACUAGUUUUCUGUGUACUUGUGUCAUUCUGGGUUAUAAAGAAAGGAGAUCAUAAAAGCAGAAGAUUGAAAUGGGCUUCAGGGAAAGAGUUCUCUAAUUUCAUGAAGUGGUCCAUUCCUGCCUUCCUUUAUUUUCUGGAUAAUUUAAUUGUCUUCUAUGUCCUUUCCUAUCUUCAGCCAGCCAUGGCUGUUAUCUUCUCAAAUUUUGGCAUAAUAACAACAGCUCUUCUAUUCAGGAUAGUGCUGAAGAGGCAUCUAACCUGGAUACAGUGGGCUUCCCUCCUGAUUCUCUUUUUAUCUAUUGUGGCCCUCACUACUGGGACUAAAACUUCAGAGCAUAACCUGGCAGGACAUGGAUUUCAUCAUGAUGCCUUAUUCAGCCCCUCCAAUUCCUGCCUGAUUUACCAGAGUGAGUGUCCCAGCAAAGACAACUGCACAGCAAAGGAGUGGACUUUCUCUGAAGCUAGGUGGAACUCCACAGCCAGGGUUUUCAGUCACAUUCGUCUUGGUUUGGGCCAUGUUCUUAUUAUUGUUCAGUGUUUUAUUUCUUCAAUGGCUAACAUCUAUAGUGAGAAGAUAUUGAAGGAAGGGAACCAGCUCAGUGAAAGCAUCUUCAUACAGAACAGCAAACUCUAUUUCUUCGGCGUUCUUUUUAAUGGGCUGACUCUGGGCCUUCAGAGCAGUAACCGUGAUCAGAUUAAGAACUGUGGGUUCUUUUACGGCCACAAUGCAUUUUCAGUAGGCCUUAUAUUUGUAACUGCUUUCCAGGGCCUCUCGGUCGCUUUCAUUCUAAAGUUUCUGGAUAAUAUGUUCCAUGUGUUGAUGGCCCAGAUCACCACUGUCAUCAUCACAACAGUGUCUGUUCUAGUCUUUGAUUUCAGACCCUCCCUGGAUUUUUUCUUAGAAGCCCCAUCAGUUCUUCUCUCCAUAUUUAUUUAUAAUGCCAGCAAGACACAAGAUCUGGAAUACGCACCUAAGCAAGAGAGGGUUCGAGAUUUAAGUGGCCGUCUUUGGGAACGCUCCAGUGGGGAUGGAGAGGAACUGGAAAGACUUACCAAAUCCAAGAGUGAUAUUGAGUCAGAUGAAGAUGCUUUCUAAUUGGUACCAAAUAGUUGGCAGUUCUCACAAACCUUAUCUUCAUAUUUUCAGCAUGUAUAAUGUUUAACUUUUCAUUCUGAUAAACCAAGAACAUUUCUGAAGCAUGGUAUUCUCUGUUUAUGCCUAACUCCUCCCUAAUGCUUCAUCCAGGGUUUAGAGUACCUAAUGACUAAAAAGUUCUUAAGACUCUGAUAGUAGGACUAAUAGUAUAGAGAUUGCUUUCACAAAUUGUUAUUUGAUGCAUGGACGGGAUAUACUUGCAAGUUAUUUUCUACCAUGAAACUUGAAAUAGUCAUGUACCCUACAAGAGACAAAUAGCAGUUUGCCAAUAUUCAUGCUUAUUUAUGUGCUUUUGCUCUGCAUGCUAAAGUGUUCCCUUUUUUAUCUUUGUAAAUGUCAUACCUUUUGCCCCUUGAAUUUGAGGCUCUAGAAAUACUCAAUUUAUGAUUAAAACAUGAUAACUCUAAAAUAUUUAGUUGAUGUUAAUAAUCUGCUUUAUAAUAUUGAUUUGAAGUUUUGUAAAAUAGUCUGUGCUAAAAUUUUUUUCAAAAACAUUUUCUUAAGCAAAUUCUUAGAGUCUUAAUAUUUGGUAUUCAUAGGGAACUUGAUUUAUAAAAUUACCUUUUGAUAUUUUUUACACAAAUAAAUUUCAUUGUUGGUGAAAAUUGGUUCUGAAUCAACCCAAUUAACACUUCAUUUUAUUUUUUAAAUUUGUAUUAUUUGGAUUAAUAAACCACAACAAGCAGUGGUAAGAGCUUACUCCUGGCAGUGCUUAGGGGACCAUUUGUGGUGCUGGGAAUUGAACUGGGGUUGGCUACAUGCAAAGCUAGUGCCUUAACCCCUGUAUUACCUGGCUGUUACUUGUAUUUUCAAAUCUCUCAAGCCGUAGGGGGACUUUUUUCUCUUCAAUUUGACCUUAUCAGUACUAGUUAUUAUAUUUUGAAAAGUUAAUGAACCAUUUCAUUUUAUUAAUGAUCAUUGCAUAUAUUUUUGUCCUGUUAAACACUGGCUUCAGAACUAUGCCAGACUGUCAGCAAGACAAACACUGAUUUUUCUUCUGAAGGGUCAACUGGGGCACAAAUGACUUACACCAAAUAUGAAUAGUAGUCUUUAACACAGAAGGCCAGUAAUAAAGUACUUUAUAGGAAUAUAUCACAUACCAAUUGUUUGGUAUAUAAUUUAUUGAAUCACUGAAAGAUGCAGUUACAACAUUGUUCAUGAUUGGGUUUCUGAAUACAUACAGUGUUCUAACACCAUCCCCUCACCAGUGUACAUUUCCUACCACCAGUGUCCCCAGUUUCCCUCCCUCCACUCCACCCCUCAUAAGAUUACCAUGUGUAUAGUGUUGGUACUUUACAGGCCAUUUUUGAUGGUAGCCAACCAGUUGACUAGAAAAGUGUGAUGAUAAUUUAAAAAAUGAGAAAGUAAGGUAAGACCUGGCUUUCACUGUUUACAGAUCAAAACACUGUAAAUGUGAGCUUUAAGUUGUCAUUCUCAUGCAGUCUAUACAUUUCUCCUUUUCUUUAAUUUUUAUCAGAUCCACAUAAGUUGAUAGUAUUAUGUAAUAUAUCUGUAAUAUCAGAAUAAUGUGACUGGUAAGAGUUGGUAAAAAUUUAUAAAUAAAAUGAUUUAAACCUA